GGAAAGAAUGCAUAUUCAGAAAAAGGCUCACUCAUAAUUAAAUCUUGCAAAAAAUGAUAGCUUUGAGACACCUGAAAAAAGAAGUCAUCAUAUGCAUCAUAAUUAAGUAGAAAGUACUUAGAAAUAAACAUUAUAAUUGGAUAUAGCAAAUUACAAUCAUCCUCCUGAUUUAUAAAAAUUGAUUCCAUUACCUAAUAUCUUCAGUGCUUAUAAACGAAUAAAGAAUGUUAUAACAAGAACUCCUACAUAAAAAUCAAUAAAACUAUCUGAAUAUUUUGGAGCAAAUGUUUACAUUAAGAGAGUAUAAGAUUAAAUAAAUUUAAGGAAGAUUUAUAAAUAGUGAGAAGUUAUAAAUUAAGAGGGGCAUAUAAUAAAAUAAUAUCAAUUCCUGAAAAUGAGAGACAUAGAACAGUGUUCUGUGCAAGUGCAGGUAAUCAUGCAUAAGGAGUAGCUUAUGUUUGUAAUUUAUUGAAAAUAAAUUGCAUAAUAUACAUGCCUACAAAUACUCCAAGUAUAAAGUUUAAUGCUGUAAAGUAAGUUUAAAUAAAUAUAGUAGAUCUUGGGGAAAACAAUAUGCUUAAAUAGAAUUAGUAGGAGAUACAUUUGAUGAAAGUUUCAGAGCAAGUAGAGAAAGAUGUACUACUGAAAAUGGGAUAUAUGUUCAUGCAUUUGAUGAUGAGAAGAUAAUUGAAGGAUAAGGAACAAUUGCAGUUGAAAUAUUAGAAGAUAUUAAAGAAGAUUAAAUAGAUUUUAUGUUCUUCCCAGUAGGAGGAGGAGGAUGUGGAGCAGGCAUUUCUUCAUAUUUUAAAUAACUCAGUCCUUAAACUAUUCUAAUUGGUGUAGAACCUGAAGGGUAUGUUAUAUCCAUUUCUAUUUUAGAUCUCCUUCGAUGUAUGAGGCUAUAAAAUAAUAAAAAAUAGUUGAAUUAGAAACUAUCAAUACUUUUGUAGAUGGUGCUGCAAUUAAAAAGUCUGGUGCCAAACCAUUUGAAAUAUUAAAUUCUGUAUUAAAGGAAGUAGUUUUGAUACCUGAAGGUCAUGUAUGUACUACUAUGAUGAAAUUAUUUAAUGAAGAAGGUAUUCUAGUUGAACCAGCAGGUGCAUUAGCAAUAAGUGCUUUAGAUAGAUUUAAAGAUGAAAUAAAGGGCAAAACAGUAGUUUGCUUAAUUUCUGGAAGCAAUAAUGAUUUAGGGAGAAUGACAGAUAUCAGAAUGUUAUCAGAGAUUCAUUAAGGAUUAUAAUAUUAUAUGUUUGUCAACUUUUUCUAAAAACCAGGUGCUUUAAAAUAAUUCUUAAUUUAAUGUUUGGGUAUUAUUCUAAAAUUAUAAAGGUCCUACUGAUGAAAUAACUAAUUUAGAAUAUACCAGAAAAAAUAAUAGAGAAAAAGGACCUGCUUUAGUUGGAGUAAAGGUAAGAAAACCAUAAGAUUUUGAAGCAAUGACGAAUAAAAUGGAAGAGUUAAAAAUUACACAUAGAAUAUUAUAGCCAAAUCAAGAAAUAUUCAAAAUGUUAUUAUGA